AACACAUAGCUUGCGGUAAGGUGAUCGGAUCAUCGGCGCGCGGCGCGACGACAGCAUGGACGUACACUCGGCGCCGGUGGUGGGGAAGAGGAUGUGGAGCUACCUGCGCGCCGUCUUCUUCAUGAUGAGGAAGAGCAAGCGCAAGCUGCUCCUCGGCAUGCACCUCCUCAUGAAGCGCCGCAACAAGGCCGUCGCCCGCACCGUCGCCAACCUCCUCUCCCACCACCACGGACACCACCACGGCCACGCGCUCCGCCAUCGCCGCGAGUACGAGUUCUCCUGCAGCGACAGCCCGGACACCGGCUCCUUCUCCAUGCGCCGCCCGCUCGCCUACUUCCCCUGCCUCGGCGCAGAGGCCCAGCUGGAAGAGCCCCUGCACGCCGACCCCGCGCCCGCGCCACUGCGCAGGAUCGAGUACUACGCCGCCGCGUCACCUGCGCCGUCGUCUCCGGGCGGUCUGAUGAUGCACGAGGAGCUCGCCCCCGGGGAGGAGAUGGAAUGCACGCCGGGCCGGAUGUCGCCGCUGGUUCCCAGCGCGGCCGACGGCGGCGGGUUCUCGGUGCGGGUGUCCAACUUCUCGGCGGAGGAGGUGGACGGGGACCAGCUGGGCGGCGAGGCCGUGGACGACGAGGCGGAGGAGUUCAUCGCCCGAUUCUACGACCAGCUGCGCCGGCAGAACAUGGUCGGGCUGCUCCCCUACCACCUCCAGGAAGCCGUCGUCGCGUGAGCGAUGAAGCUACGUCGACAUUGCCCCCGGCGGCCGGAAAUCCAUUCCUUGCUUGUGUGGGCGAUCAUGCUUCAUGCACACGCACGCACCGGCGCAUGCUCCUCUAUCAAUCUGCAUGCGUGUGACGCGGGGUACGAAUAUAAUACAUGCAUGAAUUGCUCAUGCAUGGGCAUGUGCUUUUUUUUUUUGCAUGUAUCUAGGGCCCUACAUGUAUCUAAAUGUGAAGAUGUAAAUCAGCCCCUCAUGGUUUUUAG